AUGCCGCGUUUCUUUGAAGCGCUCGCUGGCGGCAUUGUGGGGCGCGCGCGUCGCGAAACUGCCAUUUUCCCGCGUAAUGGCCGCCUGCUGGAUCUAGUUACAGCUGCAACAGCGUCGCAUUGUUCGCGCGGAGUUGUCGCGGCGUUGCAAAGUUGCGGACGUUGCGAGAGUGCAAAUGCAGAUAUUGCAACAGUGUGCAGGGGCCUUGCAUUCGCCGACCCACGGCGGCCGUGGACUGUACCCACUUUCGCGCGGCGGUACAGUCCCGCGCAAAAUCCGCGUCUUCGGAACCGCCGUUCGGAAAUUGAAUUUACGCGACAGUGGAGGGGUCGUGCCUCCGCCGCGGCGGACGAUGGCGCAACGCCGAGCUGCCUGGCCGGGAUAUCGGGCACGCUCUGUUACGGCGCUCGUUAUAUAACCGGGCCCCUGUCGUGUGCGCAACGCGAUCGGAUUGUGGGAAAACGGAAUCCACUCGUGAAUAGA